AUGUUGGCUUCCUUCACCGGCGUUGGGUUACGAAUCCUAUGCAACCGCCUUGUUUCACCGCCGCCUGUUCUCUGCCACACUAUUCCUCUGUUGCGUUCCAGAUUACCAAAUUCGACAUUCAUGGAGAUUCCAAACAAUCCCUACGCCGGAAAAUCCUCCUUCACUGCCUCCGCCCAUUCUAGCAGAGGUGGGGGUCGAGGCAGAGGAUUGGGGAGGAAAGAAUAUGGACAAAGUUCGAGAGGCGGCGGCGGCGGCGGCAGGGAUUCUUCUGGGAAUGACAAAAUUGAUGCUCUUGGCAGAUUACUAACGCGUAUACUGAGACACAUGGCCUUUGAGUUAAAAUUAAAUAUGAGGAGUGAUGGAUAUGUGAAGGUGCAAGACCUUCUGAAGCUGAAUCUUAAAACUUUUGCUAAUAUACCACUUCGGUCGCAUACUGCCGAUGAAGUUAAAGAGGCUGUCAGGAGGGACAACAAGCAGCGGUUUAGCAUAUUGGAAGACAAUGGGGAGCUUCUAAUACGUGCGAAUCAAGGCCACACUAUACAGAUAGUUGAAACAGAGAGUCUGCUUAAACCUAUACUGUCAGCUGAAGAAGUUCAAGUUUGCGUGCAUGGGACCUAUAAGAAGAACUUGGAGUCAAUUCUGGAAGGGGGUCUCAAGCGUAUGAAGAGAUUACACGUCCAUUUUUCAUGUGGCUUGCCAACUGAUGGAGAAGUUAUUAGUGGUAUGAGACGAGAUGUUAACGUCUUGAUCUUUCUCGACGUAAGAAAGGCUUUGGAAGAGGGAAUGAAGCUAUAUAUAUCUGACAACAAGGUGAUUUUAACAGAGGGCUUUGAUGGAGCUGUGCCUGUCAAGUACUUCAAGAAGAUUGAAUCAUGGCCGAAGAGAGAGCCUAUACCUUUCUAA